AUGCUCGUAAAAGUACGCACCCUCACCGGAAAGGAAAUCGAGCUCAACGUCGAGGGCUCCGACAAGGUCUCCAAGAUCAAGGAGCUGGUGGAGGAGAAGGAGGGGAUCCCGCCCGUGCAGCAGAGGUUGAUCUUCGGUGGGAAACAAAUGGUCGACGACAAAACCGCUGAUGACUAUGGGCUUGAGGGUGGCGCGACAUUACAUUUGGUUUUGGCGUUGAGGGGUGGGCUUUAAAAAAGAAAGAAAAAAAAUGAUAGGGAGGGAAAGGGGAUAAUGGGGGUGGUAGCUGUAAAGGGCUAUGAAUAUAGGCAAUACGGCAGAGUGGGAAAGUUUGGCUGUUGUUAGGUACAGCAAGAUGAGGCAAACAAGGUGAUGAUGAUGGUGG